AUGGAUGAUGAAGAAGCUGUACUGAGACAUUAUUAGAAGAUAAUCAAAGAAAGAUAUUUGACUGUAGCAAAGGAGUUGAUAGAUAAAGCAGCCAUUACUAAAUCUUCUGAAGUUGUGAAUCUGAUGGACUACCUUGAAGAAAAGAGAUAUGACUAUACCGUUGAAGAAUUAGAGGAAUACAAAUAAAUGAAAGAAAAAGAAAUUGUCAAUUCUGAUUCUGCCAUUUAAGGUUCCAUUUUAUGGUUAAUCAAUCAAUUAUGUUAAAUUAUAUUUAAAGAGUUGAAAGUGGAAGUCUCCUUUUUAUUGAUUGAAAUUAGAGGAACCCUUAGGGAUAAAUCAUUAGAAUAACUCUCAACUCAAUGCAUCAAAGAGAUCAUUCAUGGAGUAUUCUAAGGUGUUACUGAUAAGAUGAGUUAGAAGAAGAUUAAUAAUGUUUAAGUUAACGAAGUCUUUGUUAAGUUACAAACUGAACUCCAAUCAUUAUUCGAAAACAAUUCAAUUAGACAAUAAUUAAGGACUGAAAUCAUCGAUAAAUUUACAGAAAAUGUUGAGAAUAUUUGUAGAGGAUAAGUUUUUACAUCAUUUAGUCAUUUAAGGGUGCAAUUUUUAGAAUUGCUUGUGUUUGCUAAAAAUGAUUUAUAACGCCUGUAACCUACUGAUGAAAUAAAACGAGAGAUCAUGACUCUCAUUACUGUCAUCAAAUAAAAAUUGAUCGCAUUCACAACUAUACGUUUAUUAGAUCUUAAAGCCUUUGUAUUUUCUUAAUAAUAAAGUUAUCUGAGAGAAUAAGAGACUUAUUUGAAUCUAAUUUAAGCCUCUCUAAUAGAGUUUGUUAAAUUUGUGGGUAAGAUAUUUGCCUUUAGAUCCAUUUCCAUCUCCCAAGAGCAAUUAAACUAAUUGUUUAAUGAUAAUUAUAUUAUUUAGCAAGUCUUGCCAUUAUUAAACACUAAUGAUUCAACAUAUUACUAUUUGUUUUCAAACUAAUUUUUAUAGUUGUACUCAAAAACAUUGAGUAACAAAUUAUUUGAACUUGUUAGUUAGGUCUUCUAAGGGUAUAAAAUCCGACAACCAACUGAUUAAGAAUUGAAUAAACUCAAAACCUAUAUCAAUGGAUCUACUUAAAAGAACUUGAUGUUGUUUGCACAAGCCUAGAGCGAACAUUGGAUCAAUAUCAUCUUUUAAUAUCUCAAUCAAGAAAAUGUUGUGUACUAACAACAAACUACAUAAAAGAUUUUAUUUAAUGAGGUCAAGAAUUUUAUAGAAGCUCUAGGUCUUCUAUUUCCUGAUACAAAAAGAGGACUUGUCAAGAAAGUAUCCAUCAUAUAAUAAAGCACUUUCAAUAUUUAAAUGGAAAUAGUCAUGGUGAGAAAGUGCAAGAUAUUAGAAACCAAUAUUAAUGACAGAAAUAGUUUACUUAUAACAGUCGUAAAGUAUGUUUUGAAAGUAUUAUUACAAAAAGUAAGAGGAACCUAUUUCUCAGAAGACUUAUUUAAAUAAUUUUAGGUAGAUUUAUAUUUUGUUAUGCAAUUAUUUUAUGAUAUGGUUUCUGUUGAUGAAGAAGGAUUAAUAGCAGGAUUUUAUAUGGAAAUUUUAGAUUGUGCUGGCAAAAACUGUAAAAAUGAUGUUAAAAUCGAUCCAAAAAUAUUAGAAAAUUUGUCAUUAUAGGCUAGGAUGUGA